AUGGUGAGUGCUGGCAGGCAAGCACGCGAUCUAGAUGCCAUACAAAACCUGCAAUUUUUCAUUUGUUCCAAUGUAUCCAUCCAGGGGGCGGGCGUCACGCUCGCGCUGCUUGCUGCCCUCGUCUACUUCCAGGAGAAGCUGAUAUACGUCCCGCGCCUGCCUGGCAUGCCUGCUGCCUACCAGUUCUUCCCAGCCGAGUUUGGACUGGAGCAUGAGGACGUGUGGCUCUCGGUCCCAGAUGGCGUGCGGCUGCACGCCUGGUUCAUGUGGCUCAAGGGUUUGACCCCGGAGCAGCGCCGCCGGCGACCCACGGUCGUGUUCUUCCAGGAGAACGCGGGGAACAUGUCGUACCGGCUGCACUUCCUAGGUCCCCUGGCCGACCUGCUGCAGGUCAACGUCUUCAUCCUGGGGUACCGCGGGUACGGCGAGAGCGGCGGCGCGCCCAGUCAGCGCGGCUUCCAGAUGGACGCCGAGGUGGCGCUGCAGCACGUGGCUGCCCGGGCCGACGUUGACCCCGCCAAGCUGGUUGUGUUUGGGAGGUCCAUCGGCGGCGCAGUGGCCCUCCACGCUGCAGCCGCCACCACCGUCAAGAUCGCGGGCCUGAUCAUCGAAAACACAUUCACCUCCCUGGAGGACAUCGUCCCGCUCAAGAUCCCGUUCCUGGGCUUCCUCAUUGGGCCCAAUCGGUGUGCCAACUGGCUGCUCAGGAGCAGGUGGGACAACGUCAGCGCAGCAAAGCACCUCACGGGCACCCCCAUCCUGUUCCUGUCCUCUCUGAGGGACGAGAUGCUGCCGCCGUCCCAGAUGCAGCGCCUGUACGCCCUGCACGGCAGGACGCCGUGGCGCAUGCUCACCUUCCCGCAGGCGACGCACAUGGACGCCUACAUCGUCGCCCGGCGGGAGUACUGGCCCGCCCUGCAGGCUUUCUUCUACGACCUCUUUGCGGGGCAGGCGGACAACAGGCCACGGGGGGAUGCGCCGGGGACGCAGACGGGGAGCAGCGGCCACGGCGUGGCCCCGGACUGGGACUCCGACACCUCCAACACCCCCUCCGACUGGGAGGCGGUGCCCCGGCCCGGGGAGUGA